UUAUGUUAGACUCGUGUGUGAGAAGGCGUCGUUUUUUAUUUGCAAAAAAUUAACAAUUUUGUUUUUAGCUCGAUAAAAUAUUGUAUAAAAAUUAAUAAAGAACUAUGUGGAAUGUGUAAACAUGUAAAGGACAUUGUGGAAAACAUAAUAACUUGUGUUUAACAAAAAAUUAUUGAUACAGAAAAAACCGGACAUAAAACGAGUACAUGCAAAAGCCGCAAAGGCGUUGAACUGUGUAAUUAAAGUGUAGAGUAAAUUUUUUUUUGCAACUUAAAAUUUUGGAAAACCUUGUGAUUUGUAGGGGCUCUUAAGUGGAUUUAAAUAAAAAAUCUAUAGAAAUUAGUUUUUCUCCAUCCAGUGCAUUAAAAACGGCCAAAAUUGUGGAAAAACAGGAAAAAACACCCAAGCGGAAGAAGAAGGCUGCAGCCAGUAAAAUGGCUGCAGUCUUUUCGCCGCAACCACCGCCACAACAGCAGGCGGCUGGUCAACCACCACCGGGAGGUAUGAUGCAACCUCCGCAGUCUACGACUCCCAAUUCAAUGCAGCCGCCGCAGCAGCAGUCGGUUGUGGGAGGUCCCGGUCCAGGUGGCAUGAUGGGUCCGGGCGGUGGUGGUCCUGGAGGUAUGCCCCCUGUAAUGGGUAUGGGAGGUCCAGGAGGGCCUCCUAUGCAAAGGGGUCCGCCAAUGGGCGUAAUGGGUGGACCACCAGGAGGACCCGAUGGUAUGAUGGGUGGACCUCCUCCUGGCCAGCAUGGUGGAGGAGUUCCGCCACCACCCAGUCCAGCUCAUAUACAGAAAAUACUCGACGAAAAUUGUAAGAUUAUACAAACUAUACAAAGCUUCCAAAACAUUGGUAAAUCGUAUGAAUGUACUUCGUAUCAUAUUGCCUUGCAUAGAAAUCUCGUCUAUUUGGCACAACUGGCUGACCCCACAAUGAAUAUCAAUCAAAUCUUGCCGCCACCUCAUAUUCUUCAAGCCCAAGCCAAUCAACAAGGUCCUCAUGGUAUGAUGGGCUCUGGUGGUCCACCACCACCGCAGCAACAACAAAACCAGGGUGGACCACCACCAGGUGCUCAGUCACAAAUGGGCGGUCCACCAGGCACACCCGGUAUGCCGCCAAUGCAACAUGAUGGUUCUGGCCCACCGCCAUCUGGCGGUCAAAUGCCUCCAUAUGGCCAGGGACCACCACAACAUCCUGGUAUGCCACCAAAUGGCAAUCAACCACAACAGGGACCUCCUCCCACAGGUCCACAACAACAACCUGGAGGUCCUCAAGGUGGUCCACCGCCACAACAAGGUCCAUAUCGUGGUGGUCCUCAAGGACCUGGUCCCCAACAGCAGCCACAAUCAGUAGGCGGUCCUCAACAGCAGCAACAACAGCAGCCGAAUAAUAACACGCCAGGAAAUCAACAACGUCCCAAUAGUGGACCCACAGGACCAGGUGCCCCACCACCCGGUCAAGGCCCACCGCAACAACAGCAACAACAACAGGGUCCAGGUCAGCAAGGACCACAACAGCCGCAACAGCAACAAGGACCUCCACCACCACAGCAAGGUCAAUACAGAGGUGCAUAUCAACCACCACAGCAACAGCAUUCCCAUUAUCCCGGCUAUCCGCCGCAGCAACAGCCCCAGUAUCCACCACAAGGUGGUUAUCCCUAUGGUCCACCAACGCAUGGCUACGGACCACCGCCCCCAAAUGCACAAACUGGUUAUCAACCACAUGCCGGUAUGCCACCAACAUCGGCUGCCAGUGGCCCCCCUCAACAGCAUCCUUACGGUGCUAGUGGUCCAGGACAACAGGGUCCACCCGGUUCAUAUGCUCCACCACCCAAUCAACAGUUGCCACCCGGCCAACAACCGCCACCAGGACAAAUGUAUGGCCCUCCUACGGGAGGUCAAGGGCCCCCACCACCUAAUCAGUAUGGUCCUCCUCAAAGCGGCAGUGGCGGUCCUCCACCUCCAAUGAGUUAUGGUGGCUAUGGAGCUCCACCACCAAAUAGCUAUGGACAGGCAAGCAAUACACCACCAGGUUCCUAUGGACCGCCACCAACCAGCAGCGCACAAUCGCCAUACCAACCGUAUCAACAGGCGGGACCUGGACCUCAAGGAUAUCCCGGGCAAGGUCCGCCACCACCACCACAAGGAGGACAACCACCACCGCAACCACCCCAACAGGCAGGAGGGCCAAACGGUCCUCCCGGCAGUGGUUACAGUUCAUCACCCAGUCCUGGUCAAACACCGCCACCAAACCAACAACCAGCAGCUACUGGUGCAAAUGGCCCUUCAGCACAGGCACCACCCACAAGUGUACAGUCUACACCACCACCCACUCAACCGCCAACAAGUAGUGCUGGCACCGCCACAUCAGCCGGUUCGUCACAACCACCACAAACUCAAGCUGCCGGACCUCCACAAGCUCCUCCACCAGGCCAAGGGCCACCGACGCCAUCAUCACAACAACAACAGCAGCAACAGCAAACACCACAAAAUUAUCCGCCAGCAUCGAAUAGUGGACCACCACCUUCAGGUCCACAGCCAACAUACUCAUCACCGCCAGCUACCGGACCCAGUGGAAAUCCUUCGCCCUAUGGUCAACAAGGUGCUCCAGGUUCGGGACCGCCAAACACUACAGCUCCACCAACUUCGGCCAAUGGUGGGCCCGGUCAAGGUCCGCCUCCGCCAAUGGGUCCCAAUCAAUAUCAACCUCCACCAGGAGCUCCACAGCCACCAUAUGGUGGGCCACCACCACAAGGUUAUGGACCACCUCCACCGGGUAGUGGUUACCCUCAACAUGGAUAUCACCAGCCGCAGGGCGGCUAUGGAUCAAUGCCACCUCAAGGACAAUAUCCACCACCCUCGCCUCAAGGCUAUCAAGGUUAUCGUCCAGCUGGCGCACAACAGAUGCCUCCUCCAGGAGCGCCUCCACAAGGUCCACCACCGGGUGCAUAUUCCUAUUACGGCAACCAACCGCCACAGUAAAAAAAUAGAACGCAAACGCAACUUGAAAAAGCGUAAGAAAAACUACAAAUUUUAUAAUUUAAGAAUCUGUAAAAUUUUAACAAACAAAAGUCUUAAAACGAAAUGGAGCAAUAAGAGAUUGUUGCAAUUCUAUUAACUGCCUGACAUUGCAUGUAUUACUAACAACAUUUCUCCUAUAAUAUAAAGGCAUGUCUCGAAUUAAAACUUGGCCUAUAUGCAUAACUAAUUUCGAUCUGCGAAAUUAAAUAUUUAAAUAUUUUUUGCUUGUCGAUUUCAUUUAAAAAAAAUUGCAGUUUAAUAAAACAGUUAUAAAAUAAAAAGCCAACCAAUUGAACUAAAAUUUGUAUAAUACACACUUCAAAACAAGUUUUGAAAUUUCUUUAAGAAACACAUUUGAAAAACUGCCUUACAAUUAAACUGCGCUUUAUUUUAAAACUAAAAUACAUAAAUAUUUCUCUAUUUUGUUUCAUGACUAGAUUAUGAUUGUGUUAAAUAAAAUAACUCUCAACUCUAACUUAAUUUAUAAAUUUUCCUGCUAAAAUUCUUCUGUACUCUAUCUAUAUAUUCUAUCUAUAAUAUUUUUAGCUCUAAAUUUAUAUCAACCUCUCUCUGUUUCUAUAUUUAUUUGUGACUUCUUCUAACUUGUAGCAUUCUUAACGUUUUAUGUUUAAGUCUUAAAAUAUUGAAGAAAACCUUUUUUGUGUGUUUUUAAUCUAAGUUUUAAUUUUAAUUAUGCAAAAGAAAAAAAAUCUUUAAAGUUUUACAAAAAUUAACUGUUAAAUAGUUUUGAAUAAAUUGUUUUGAACGUUUGAACUUCAUUUUGUAGCAUUUUUGAAAAAAAUAUAAAAUUAAAAAAAAAAAACAAAAACAAUUACAACAAUAUGAUAAACAACAACAAACAUUUGUUCUGCUCCCGUGCUUGUCAAAUUUACAGAUUUUCAAGCAGAAAUAGCCAAAAAUUUAUAAUUAUAUAGAUUUUUUGAGUACGACAACGCUUUUCUUUAAAUCCUGUCUAUAUUCUGAAAAUUUGGCAAGUUCUGAAACAGAUUAAAUACAAUAUUAUGUGUCAACUUUAUUCAAUUUUAAAUAAUCCAUUAAAUUAAUAAUAACACUUUUUGCUAUGCAUUAAUCCUAAAAAAAAAACUUUAACGAAAUAUAUUUAGCCGUAUAAUUAACGAAUUUUUGUGAACAAAAAAGAAAACAAUUAUGACAUAAAUAGUCUAAAUAAAAAUUAAAAAAAUCUAAAAAA